AUGAACUCUCCGAAAGAAUUGUUGCAGGAUCUCCAUUCAAACUUCAUACUAAAGUAUGAAAAAGAUAAAAAUGGUUAUCAUUACAUAAUGGCUGAGCAUCUACGAGUCAGUGGAAUUUACUGGUGUGCCAAUGCGAUGGAUUUAACAAAAAACCUCGACAGGAUGUCAAGAGAAGAAAUCGUCGAUUACGUUCUUUGCUGUCGUAAUUCCGACGGAGGUUACGGACCAGCUCCUGGUCACGAUAGUCAUCUCCUUCAUACUCUGUGUGCAGUUCAGACCCUAAUUAUUUUUGAUUCAUUAGAAAAAGCAGAUGCCGAUUCAAUUUGCAAGUAUGUACAACGUUUGCAACAAGAAGAUGGCAGUUUUUGUGGAGAUCAAUCGGGCGAAGUUGACACACGAUUCACUCUCUGCUCCUUUGCCACAUGUCACCUUCUCGGUCAUCUCUCUGUCUUAAACGUUGAUUCAGCAGUACGCUUUUUGAUGAGAUGUUAUAAUACUGAUGGUGGAUUUGGAACUCGACCAGGAUCUGAAAGUCAUUCGGGCCAAAUAUACUGCUGUGUUGGGGCAUUGGCAAUUGCAGGACGGUUAGCUGAAAUCGACAGAGAUAGAACUGCUGAAUGGCUCGCUUUCCGUCAAUGUGACAGUGGUGGUUUGAACGGACGCCCUGAAAAGCUACCGGAUGUAUGCUAUUCGUGGUGGGUUCUCGCAUCUCUUUCCAUUUUGGGCCGUCUUCAUUUCAUCGAUCAAUCAGCAAUGAAGACUUUCAUUUAUGCCUGCCAAGACGAUGAAACAGGAGGGUUUGCAGACCGCCCAGGAGAUUGCGUAAGUUUGAAAAUUUUCUGUAGAACAAAAUUCAAAGAGCAAGAACAUUUCAUUGAAGUCGGAUUCAUUCUUUGA